GCCGAGUCAAUGUCCCGUCAAACACUAUAACCCGACGUCAAAAUUCAAACGCGUCCUCGACCGUCUCCUUUAGUUCGAUCACUCACUUGCUCACCGUCCGUCUUUAUUUGCAGUGCGAUAGCUGUUGUUCUCUUCUCUCCGUCUCUCUGCCCUCUGUAAUCCAACAAGUCUCGGAGAUGAAUUCCUCGGAGGCAGAGGAGGCUCAAAUUCCUGAUGAUGAUCCUCUUCAUUCUCAACAACAACAACAACAGUCUUCCACCAUUCCUAAGCCCUUCAGUCUCAGAAGGUAUCAGUCAGAGGUAUAUGAGGCUGCAAGGAGGAGGAACACCAUUGCUGUAUUGGAGACAGGUGCUGGGAAGACUAUGAUCGCUAUUAUGCUCAUCAAAGAAAUUGGUGAAGCUAUCAAAUCCACCGGCUCUAAAAGCAUAAUCAUCUUCUUGGCUCCUACUGUUAAUCUCGUUAACCAGCAAUUUGAGGUUAUCAAAAUACAUACUGGUUUUGAAGUCGAAGAAUAUUAUGGAGCCAAGGGAGUUGACGAGUGGAAUAAGAAGCGUUGGGAAAAGGAAGUAAAUGAACAUGAUGUCCUGGUUAUGACACCACGGAUUCUUUAUAAUGCCUUGUUAAGCGCAUUCUUGAGACUAGAAACAGUAUCCUUGAUGGUUAUUGAUGAAUGCCAUCGAGCUAGUGCUAACCAUGAUUAUGCAAAAAUAAUGAAGGAAUUUUAUCACAAAUCUAGCAGCAAGCCAAAGAUUUUUGGAAUGACAGCUUCACCUAUUCUUAGAAAAGGUGUCUCAUCCAAAACGGAUUGCGAGGACCAAAUAUCAGAACUUGAAAGCAUCUUGGACUCACAGAUUUAUACUAUUGAAGACAAGACAGAGAUGGAAUUAUAUGUCCCUUCUGCGAAAGUGACUUGUAGAUUUUAUGACCAAUUACGCUGCUCAUUUUUAGAUUUGAAAGAAAAGAUGGAAGCCUCAUGGUCCAAGUUUGAUGCGUCAUUGUUAAAUAUGCAAGGGUUGGUAAAUGAGUACAGGGAUGCUGAUGAUAGAAUUAAGACAUUGAAGAAAAGGCUGUCCAGUGAUCAUUCAAAGAUAUCAUAUUGUCUUGACGAUCUUGGUCUUAUAGGUGCUUAUGAGGCUGUAAAGCUAUGUCUUGAGAAUUCCACUAAUACCCAAGAGGAGCGUGAAAUUAACAGUGAGAGUUAUUUUCAGUGUAAAUGUUUUCUGGAGGAGUUGUUACAUCUAGUUGGGGAAUCACUACCACAUGGUUGUGAUGAUCUUUUGGAUUUUGAGUCUGAUCUUUUGAAGGCAGUAGAUUUAGGCUAUAUAACUCCUAAAUUACGUGAACUUGUUGAACUUUUCCAGUCUUUUGGGGAAGCUAGACAACUACUAUGCCUCAUUUUUGUAGAUAGGAUUGUCUCAGCUAAAGUAAUUGAAAGAAUUGUUAAGAAAAUUACGUAUUUAUCUCAUUUCACAGUUUCAUAUCUGACUGGAAGCAACUCGGUUGAUGCACUGGCACCAAAAAUGCAAAAGGAGACUCUGGAAUCAUUUCGCUUUGGAAAGGUCAAUCUAUUAUUUUCUACUGACGUAGUUGAGGAGGGAAUUCAUGUGCCAAAUUGCUCCUAUGUGAUACGUUUUGACCUACCCAAGACAGUCCGCAGUUAUGUCCAGUCCAGGGGACGAGCACGGCAAAGCAACUCUCAGUUUGUCGUUAUGUUGGAGAGGGGAAACAUGAAACAAAGGGAUCAACUAUUUGAUGUCAUUAGGAGCGAGUGUUCAAUGAUAGAUACAACUGUCAAUAGAGAUCCUGAUGCACAUAGUUUAAAAACAUGGACUUUCGGAGGAACAGAUGGGUAUUUGGUGCAUGCCACUGGUGCAUCAGUUACUGCUGAUUCUAGCAUCAGUCUCAUACAACGAUAUUGUGAAAAGCUCCCAACCGCUAAGUGUUUUGCUUCAAAGCCAACUUUUCAGUUCUCAUGUCUUGAAGGCUUUUACGAGUGCAAGCUAACGUUACCUCCUAAUUCUGCUUUCCAAACAUUAGUUGGUCCUGUAAGUAGGAGUUCUAAUUUAUCGAAGCAGCUUGUUUGCUUGGAAGCAUGUAAAAAGCUACAUCAGAUGGGUGCUCUGGAUAAUAAUCUUCUUCCACUAGUUGAGGAGCCUUCAAAAAAUAAUCCGACUGUAAAAAGCAAAGAAGCAACUUCCGGUGCAGGAACAACAAAAAGGAAGGAACUACACGGUACAACUCACAUCCGUGCAUUAUCUGGAACUUGGGGUGAAAAAGUGGAUAGUGCCACUUUUCACGCUUAUAAGUUUGACUUCUCCUGUAGUAUUAUUAGUGAGGUUUAUUCUGGAUUUGUUCUUCUGAUUGAGUCAAAUCUUGAUGAUGAUGUGGGAAAUAUUGAAUUGGAACUCUAUUUGGUUUCAAAGUCAGUUAAGUCUUCUGUUUCUUCAUGUGGAAAGGUGUGUCUGGAUGCAGAGCAGAUGAAAAAAGCAAAAUGCUUUCAGGAAUUUUUCUUUAAUGGAUUAUUUGGAAGGUUGUUUCAUGGAUCCAAGUCAUCGGGAAAUAGAGAGUUUUUACUUCAGAAAGAAACAACAACACUAUGGAGCACAUUGUACAUGUAUUUGCUUCUGCCUCUUGAAGGUUUGAAUGAUUCAGGUCAUGAACCUUGGAGAAUAGAUUGGACAGGGAUUGCUUCUUGCAUUUCUGUGGUUAAAUUGUUGAAGAACAAUUCUUUGUUGGGCAGUGGACAUUGUAAUUAUAACGGAGGGGAUUUAUUACCUAGUAGAACUGACUUAUCUGAGACUGAAUCUAAAGAAGCAAAUGUAAUAUGCUUUGCUAAUAGUUCUGUUGAUAUAUCAAAUCUUAACAAUAUGGUAGUAUUGGCUAUUCAUACGGGAAAAUUAUACUCUAUUGUUGAAGCUGUGAGCAACACAUCGGCUGAGAGCCCUUUUGAUGGUAAUACUGAUGCUGUCCCAUCAGAAUACACUACCUUUAAUGAGUAUUUUCACAAAAAGUAUCAGAUUGUACUAAAGUAUCCGAAUCAGCCUUUGUUGCGGUUAAAGCAAAGUCAUAAUCCUCAUAAUCUUCUAGUGAACUUCUCUGAUGAAGGUUCUGAUGGUGGUAAGACAUCAAAAUCUCGCCUUGUUAAGCCACAAAUGCAUGUUCACAUGCCACCUGAACUUUUAGCAAGGAUUGAUGUCCCAAGAGCUGUUCUAAAAUCAUGUUAUUUACUACCAUCAUUGAUGCAUCGUUUGGAAUCUCUGAUGUUAGCAAGCCAACUUAGAGGAUCGAUUGGCUGUCAUCCAAGCAGCUUUCAGAUAUCAAGCUCAUUGAUUCUAGAAGCACUUACAACACUUAGAUGUUGUGAAAAUUUUUCUAUGGAGCGCUUGGAAUUGCUUGGUGAUUCAGUCUUGAAGUAUGUUAUGAGUUGCCACCUUUUUCUUAAAUAUCCCAAAAAACAUGAAGGACAGUUAUCUGAUCUUCGUUCAUUGGCCGUUUGUAACUCAAACCUUCAUAAAUUAGGAACUGAUCGUCAAUUGCAGGGCUACAUUCGUGAUAGUGCUUUUGAUCCACGUCGUUGGACUGCUCCUGGACAGCGUCCUUUGCGCCCGGUGCCUUGUAAAUGUGGAGUGGAUACUUCGGAAGUUCCUCUUUCUAGUGAGUUCCACAGUGAAGAUCCAAAAAUUGUGGUUGGAAAAUGCUGUGAUAAAGGUCACAGGUGGAUGGGUUCAAAAACAGUAGCUGAUUGUGUUGAAGCCCUUGUAGGGGCAUAUUAUGUUGCUGGUGGACUGGCUGCUGCAAUUCAUAUGAUGAAGUGGCUGGGUUUUGACGCUGAGCUUGAGCUCUCUUUAGUUGUUGAAGCAAUCAAUGCUGCAUCUCUUUGGUCUUACAUCCCAAAAGCCGAUGACAUUGCAUCCCUGGAGUCAAAGAUUGGGUAUGAAUUUUUGACCAAGGGUCUCUUACAGGAAGCCAUAACGCAUCCAUCUGUGGAAGAACAGGGUGUUUGUUACUGCUAUGAGAGGCUCGAAUUUCUUGGUGAUUCAGUUUUGGAUCUGCUUAUUACAUGGUACCUCUAUCAGAGCUACAUAGAUAUUGAUCCAGGCGAGUUGACUGACUUACGUUCAGCUUCUGUUAAUAAUGAAAACUUUGCUCAAGUUGCUGUGAGACGAAACCUUCAACUGCAUCUGCAACAUUGCUCCGGGUUACUAUUGAGUCAAAUAACUGCAUAUGUGGGUUCUUUUUCUGAACCUCACAACACAAAUGGAUCAAUUCAAGGCACAAAAGGUCCCAAGGCCCUUGGAGACAUGGUGGAAAGUAUUGCAGGGGCAAUACUAAUUGACACUAAGCUUGAUCUGGAUAAAGUGUGGGAAAUAUUUGAACCGCUAUUAUCUCCAAUUGUGACCCCUGAUAAACUUGAAUUGCCCCCAUUGCGUGAAUUGAUUGAAUUAUGUGACUCUCUUGGAUAUUGCAUGAAAGAAAAAUGCAUAAAGAAAGGUGAAAUGGUGCAUGCGGAGCUUACUGUACAGCUCAAAGAUGUACUGUUAGUUGGGACGGGAUAUGACCAAAACAGAAAAGCUGCAAAAGGAGCAGCAGCCCGAUGUUUAUUGAAGAAAAUGGAGAAUAAAGGUGUCUCGUAUGCUCAACUUUCCAAGAAGAGAAAGCAGGGUAGAGAUCAUGUUGUUGAUUCAUCUUCUGAAGAUGUGAAAAAUAACCCAUACACCAAAAUAACUGAUGAUUUGGUGGCAAUGAUCCACAAAAAGCAAAAGACAUCUGAAAUUCAGUCACAGGAUGUGUCAAGAGUUUCAUCUUCAACUGGUGUCUUUUCAAUGGAAGCCAGUGAUCCUAACACUGACACCCCAGUUAUUGGAGCAAUCAACAUGAAGAAAGGAGGUCCUCGAAACUCACUUUUUGACCUAUGUAAGAAACUACAAUGGCCAAGGCCUACCUUCGAUACAAUAGAAACUAAAUCAAGAACGCCAAUUGAACUUGGUGAAGGCUGCGAAAGAAGAAUGGGAUUCAACAGUUUUGUAUCAAAUAUUAUCUUGACCAUACCCAACUUUGGCAAUAUUGAAUGCAGUGGUGAUGCUAGGGCUGAUAAGAAGAGCUCACUAGACUCUGCAGCAGUUGCAAUGCUUUAUGAGCUCCAACGUUUAGGCAAACUCGUCAUUGCCAGGUCGUAGCACUUUUUCCAGUUUCAAAUUGCUGUGCCUUGAUAGGGAAGGCAGUGCAUUUUUUAUAAUCCAACACACCACACCCCCUCACCCACCUUUAAUUAUCUUCUUCGUUAUGUCUAGCAAACUGUAAAUAUAUAUUUUAAUAUCAUUGUUGUUUUGUUUUUUUGACGUGUCCGAUUAGCUGAAUCAUUGAUAUUCCCUAAUUGAAGUUUUCCUUCGCAAUCUUCAAUUAAAGUAUAUGUUGGAGAUACAAUUUAGUCGCACUGAAAGAAUAGAUAAUUUCUUCUCUUUUUCCCUGGAUAA